AAAUAACAGUAGUAAUUGUUUCAACAACAUUAAUUUUUUUGUCUUGAAUAGUUUACCGAUUUGGAAAUGUGUUCGAUAAGGCAGCUUUCUCGACUGGACCGAAGAGUAUAUGGACCUAGAUGUGACCUCUCUAAACGGGAAUUGGGUCACCAGAAAGAAAUUGACAGUAAUCAAGAUCAUACUGAUUUUCAAAUUAUUUUGUGUAGAACAAAUUGUUUUUCUUAUAUCAUUAAUUUCUAUGAAAAAUCUACGGUUCAAUUUCCUGAUUGACUUACAUUUCUUUCAACCAAUAGGUAAACCUUUUUCAUUUUAAGCGCCUCCCUUCUGUCCCCACCAAGGAGAUUAUGGCCCCCUCUCCGUCACCAUCAGUCGCUGCGUUGAUAGUGCUGUAUAUAUUGGGUGGAAAUGCGGGAUCAUGUCUCUGUGUAUUUUGAAGUUUUGGCCGGUUAACUUGUAUUCUCAACGGGAAGAUGGCCGCUAAGCCCCCUUAUAAAGUUGCUGACAUUAAACUUGCAGAAUGGGGCCGCAAGGAGAUAAUGCUCGCCGAAAAUGAAAUGCCAGGUUUGAUGUCCCUUCGCAAGAAGUACGGACCGCUCAAACCCUUGAAAGGAGCGCGCAUUGCUGGAUGUUUGCAUAUGACUGUUCAGACAGCAGUGUUGAUGGAAACAUUAUUGGAACUUGGAGCUACUGUGCAGUGGUCGAGUUGCAAUAUUUUCAGCACUCAAGACCAUGCUGCUGCUGCAAUGGCAAAGCGUGGUAUUGCGGUUUAUGCCUGGAAGGGCGAAACUGAUGAAGAAUACAUUUGGUGUAUUGAGCAAACUCUGGUUUUUCCCAACAAUGAGCCUCUGAACAUGAUUUUGGAUGAUGGUGGUGACCUUACGAACUUGGUACAUGAGAAGUAUCCUCAAUAUCUCUCUAGUAUAAAAGGUUUAUCAGAGGAAACUACCACUGGUGUACAUAAUUUGUAUAAAAUGAUGGCUGAAAAUAAACUUAAAGUUCCAGCAAUUAAUGUGAAUGAUUCAGUAACAAAGAGCAAGUUUGAUAACUUGUAUGGGUGUAGAGAAAGUCUCAUUGAUGGUAUCAAGCGAGCUACUGAUAUUAUGUUGGCUGGAAAAGUGUGUGUUGUGGCAGGAUAUGGUGAUGUUGGCAAAGGCUGUGCCCAGUCCCUUCGAGCAUUUGGUGGAAGAGUUAUUAUAACUGAAAUAGAUCCUAUUAAUGCUUUGCAAGCAUCGAUGGAAGGAUACCAGGUAUGUCGUAACAGGCUCAUAGUGACAACAAUGGAUGAGGCUUCAAAAGUCGGUCAAAUUUUUGUAACUACAACUGGUUGCAAGGACAUCAUACUAGGAGAACACUUUCUAAGCAUGCCUAAUGAUGCCAUAGUUUGCAACAUUGGACAUUUUGAUUGUGAAAUUGAUGUUCUUUGGCUACAAAAAAAUGCUGUGGAGAAAGACACUAUUAAACCUCAGGUUGACAGGUACAAACUCUCAAAUGGUCGUCAUAUUCUGUUACUGGCUGAAGGACGUCUUGUCAACCUUGGUUGUGCCAUGGGUCACCCAUCCUUCGUUAUGAGUAACUCCUUCUCUAAUCAAGUUUUGGCUCAAAUAGAGCUGUGGACUAAGCCUGAACAGUACACAGUCGGAGUUCAUAUUUUGAAAAAGAAGUUGGAUGAAGAGGUAGCUGCUCUUCAUUUAGAACACUUAGGUGUUAAGCUUACAAAGUUAACUGCAGAUCAAGCGAAAUAUUUGGGAAUACCUGCUGAAGGGCCUUACAAACCAGAUCAUUAUCGUUACUGAGCUGUUAAUCUGAAGUCUCAAAAUAAAUGAUCUGAACUAUACAUCCCCGUGAGAGCUAGGUGUAACAAAAAGUGAACAACAGUACAUUGUUGAUAUUGUUUAUUUCUGCUGAGCACUUUUUCAUCCACCAGAUUUCAUAUUGUGAGGUUUUGAACUUAUUCCAAAUGUUUUAUAAUGAAUUUUUGUCCACUUGCAGUAAGACUGCUGUAUUCCAGGUUUUGUAAUUUUUUUAAGAAAACUUCUAAAGGAGUAGCUGGUUUGUGCCGCUGGCAUUUGUGCCAUGUUUCAAAAUGUACUUAUAUAAUGAGCGUUUUAUUUUUCUUCAAUAAAUUGUGUUGACGUUUGAGAUAUCAUAAUUCCUUGGUAACCUGAGGGGGCAGUUUACAUGACAUCUCCAUCCUAUUUCCCCUCUAAAAUUUGCUAAGUUUAUGAGAAACCAUUCAUACAAAAUCCUUUCUAUUUGUAUGAUAGACAAUUCCAUUGCUCGUGCUUUGUAGAUUUAAGAUACAUAGUUGACAGAUCAUUUAUAGUGUCUAAAAGGAUUUUUGAGUCCCUCGGGGAAAUAAGGUUAUUAUAUAGUUACAUGCAAAAUGAUAUCUUUUUUGGAUGUUUUAUUACGUUCGUCCAUGUGGGGACCCACUCUGUCAGCUGUAGCUGUAACUUUAUAAAAGUAUUUUGUAAUAUACUACUUAUUUUUUAAUUUCCAGUGUAAUGUUCAGAAACAUACUGUUAAUGUGUGGGGGAAAUGGAGACUUGCAAGGCAACCUGCCAAGAUCAUGCCUUGGACAUGGGCUGCACUUGCCCCAAAUUUCUUUAAGUAGUAUUCUACCCGACACUUUUAAAUCUAUAUGGAGAUUCAUCU